AAAAUAUAUAUACAUAUAUUAUUCUGAGGCAAUAUGAAUAUUUUGCCAAGUGUCAAACAAAUGCCAAUUAUUUCCAAACAUCGCACGAACGAGCGACAUCUGGAUCAGAGUCGCCUUGGAAAACGUUUAACACGUCGAAUGAUCGGAUUAACGUACCUCCUCAUUUGCUCAUUAAUCUCGUCGUCGUUUCUCGAGGCAUCGUCGUCGUCGACGAAGAACCCGAAAAUGUCGAAGAUGCUCGCAGUAGAUUUCGAGGUCUUCGGCAUCGUGCAAGGUGUCUUCUUCAGGAAGUAUACGCAGAAACGCGGCAAGGAGUUGGGUCUGAAAGGAUGGUGCAUGAACACGUCGAACGGUACCGUCGUUGGUCAUUUGGAGGGAGAAAAGUCUCGAGUCGAAGAGAUGAAACAGUGGCUUCGUCACACUGGUAGUCCUCAGUCGCGGAUCGAUAAGGCGGAAUUUCGCAACGAGAAGGAAAUCUCGCAGCCAUCGUUCUCGAAUUUUGAAGUUCGGAGGGAAUGAGAAUAAAUAUAUAAAAAGAAAAAAAUAUAGCGCUCUUAUAAUUUAGUUUGAACAAUUUAAGUUAUUAUCACUCUUAUUGUAAUAAAAGAAUCACUCUAUUUAAAUAAAUGUAAUAUAAAAUCUA